AUGUCAACGUGGUUCACUGUUCUCGCCCGUGUAGUUGAGGUAGGUAGAAUUCAGGACUCCCCAUAUCGUAAUGCCCUAUGUGAGUUCGAGGAAGGCAGCAGUGAUGUCACAACAGGAGACUGGAGAAGCUUUCAUAUCGCGUUCUAUGGUGAUCUGUUGGAUACAGGGAGAGCAUACAUGAUCCGCGGUCAGGCUCGGCUUCCAGGGAACGACGAGGCAGAGGCGCCCAAAUUCACUGCCUUUGACGCUAUUCCUUUGGCAACGGACUAUCUGCCCAUCCAUCAGCUGCGCAUCAAUGCGGCAGCGGAGUUGACAUGCACGCCACGAUUUGUCGACGCUACUCGCACAUUCGAAUUCGAAGCGAAGCUUACGGGUUACUAUGGCGAUCCCGCCCCUCCAUCUCCCAAAUUUGACCGCACUCUCGGUAGCGAAAACCUGCGCGCUCAGAGCAGGCUCUUCAUCGAUGGGUUCUAUACCUUUCCAGAUGAGGAGACCCAGCAGCCUGGAUAUCUUGACUUGCUCGCGGUGUCCUUUAACUCGACCAACAAAGACCCUGCAAACAGUGUCGGUUCUCCAGCCAAGGGGGGCUCAUCUCGUCGUAGAGAUGUGCCGUUGAAGAUAUCACCUGCCAAGCAGACAAACGUGAGAAGGGUGCCGGCUCCUGUGACUCCGCCCAACUCGCGCCUUCCUUUGCACAGUGGGAGUUCUGCUUCAACGCCUCAUACUGUAUCUGACACGUUUACUCCCGGCAGGGCCAGUACCGCACCCUCCCUCACAAUGGACGAUGGCAGCAGGGGGGGUUUAAUUGUUGAUUUUGAGGUUCUCGAGAGCGGACCCGGGGCUCAAGUCGAUCAUUCUGCGAUGAGCUCUUUUGCCCCGGAUGACUCUGCUUUUACGCCUUCCAACUGCCCAGGGCGUAGAACGUAUAGCAAGGCACAGUUUGUUUGUGCUUUCAUAAUGUCUGAAGCUCGGCAGCAACGGUUUUACAGCUAUAAUGCCGCCACCAACGAGCAGCAAGACCGAUUGCGCAUGAUACGCAUCCCUGUUCAAUCGUUUUUUAACGAUAAUAGCCAAGUCCUGUUGGAAACCUUUUCCAUCAACACACAAGUCAACCAGCGCGGCCGGUUUCCACCGGCCGACACUAGCAGGGGUCGUUACGCAAAAGACGAUGAUACUAUUAUUGUCAAUACUACAAGGGUUCGUCGUCAUCGUCGUCAUCGUAGCAACGAGGAUACAGUAUUUCUCUCAGCGAGACCUCGACGGCGCCGGGCGGGCGCGAUAUUCGCAGAAUCUGAAGUGCGGUUUCAAGGAAUGAGGAAAAGGUUUAAGGACCGCUGGAACAAGGAGUUUCCCGAUACACCAUGUGCCGAGUGCGCAACCUUGCUGCUCCCGAGGAAGCGUCAACAGAGAGCAUUCCAGCACAGCCAUGAGUACGGCAUCACCAGAGUCUUCGGUGUUCCUGUAACUGGCGAACCUGGUGGCGUGACUCUCUGCGAGGACUGUUGCAAAGAGCCCCAAGCCCCUAUAGACUGCGGCCAGAUCCCUCAGUGCAUUGCUUCUCUCCCACGGCGAUCGACUCUGUUCAUAUCCCCUUUCAAGUUGGAUACGAAUCUAGGAAGGACUUCAGGGUACAACUUACACGCGACCCCCUACGUGUACCGUACUUUAUCAGGUGUUAUUAACACGAAUCCGAUUAAUGAGCGAGCGAACAUGCUAUAUUCUGGCACGCUUGGAGCUUAUCUGCAGAGCAGUCCACAUCGAGUAGACCGAGACCAGAAUCUCGAGCAUCUAAUUCAUGUUCGCAAUUGGCUACUGCAAAGGAACCCCGUCUUCCAAAGGAAUGAUGUGCGGGCGCAUCUACAAAUCGACCACCCGUUACCAACUGCCGACCUCCCUGAGAACAGCGAUGAGCGCCGACCCCAAACCCGCCCGGAUAUUGUCAUGAACCCAUUUCAGUAUGACCAAGAAACGAGGAAUGAAGAUUUCCGGUAUAACAGGCUCUCCGUUGGGGCUGUCCAGGUCCCAGAGGGGCAUCGUCCAAAACCGAUGCUACUUAGAACGGAUCCAGAUGUCGCGGUACUCUGCUUUCCGCACCUUUAUCCUUACGGGAAAGGGCAAUUCGUACAAGGAGAGCGCCGCGAAGAUGGGCGCUCUACAUACACUCGCCACAUGGACACUAAAAAGAAGCUCAAUUCUUACAAUCGCGCUUUCAGAGACGAUUAUUACUGGGCUGCGUGGGCAUACCAAGAAAUGGAAGCUACAAGGAUCUUUCAGAAUACCAAUCGCCUUAUUCAUAAUAAGACGAGGCAAGCGACAGAUAGUCGUCUUCCUCAGCAUCAACUACUACAGCAGUCAAAUUAUGGGACACAUUCUAUUAUUAGUGAAACUCUCACACAUGCGAUACCUGGCUCAAUCCGAACCGGGGAAGCUUAUUUUCUCGAAAAGGAGCGCCUUGUAAACUCGAUGAUUGCAGGCCACGGACUUCCUCAACUUUUUAUAACGCUGACUUUCAAUGAAGGCUGGGAAGAUUUUAAGGACAUUUUGCGGUCUAUCUCUCCUACUGCUAUGCCAUCCAACCAUCCAUGGGAGGGGGUCCAAUAUUACUACGAGAGGAUCCGUAAUCUGAAAUCCAAAUUCUGGAAAGGGAAGUCCAAUCACGCCAAAUUUGGGGCCCUGAAAGAGCUAAUCGAAAGAUUUGAAUUCCAACUACGAGGCGCAAUACAUAGCCAUUGCCUAUUGUGGACGGGGAAGUCUAUCAAAGAAUUGCUUGCAGGCAACUUUGUCCGUGCAGAUAUUCCGGAUCCCGAAAAGGAGCCUGAGUUGCAUAGACUUGUCAUGAAAUAUCAGAUUCACAAGUGCAAAGACCACAUUUGUGGCGGACCCGGGAGGUACGGAAAGUGCUCCAAGGGCUUUCCAGCAGACGUGUCGGGCAGGACGUUUCAUCAGCCUGGCAAUCCCAGGUAUACUUAUGCCCGCACCGAAGCUGACGUGUGGGUAGUUCCUUAUAACGCUCAAUUGCUAUUAAUCUGGGAAGGCCACUGCAACGUUCAAUUCGUGACGAGCCAAGGUCUUGCCUCUUACAUCACGAAAUACGUCACCAAAAACGAGCCACUCUCUCACGUUCUUGUGGGCGGUUGUACAGCAACCCAGAAGCACCUGCUGGCUCGCAGAAUGGGAUCUAUGGAAAUAAUCGUGCUGUGCUUAGGAUUGGACAUUUUUCGUUGCACCAGCGGAUCUCUCUACCUUCCAACCAGCACCCCCGAGAUGAGGAAUUAUUCUGUUCGUCCAGCUAACCAUAUCCUCGAGCACCCUGAGGACGCUUAUUUCCCAGACGCUGUGGAGAAAUAUUUUGCUCGACCAAGACUGCCUGGAUUCGAAGUCUUGACCUAUUUUGACUACUUUGCAUACUAUGAAGUAACGAAAACUCGCACCAUUAACCGACAAGGUCCUCGUGAAGGGUGGCAAGAUUCAUUGGGAUAUUGGGUCUAUCAAAGGAAAAAGCCCAUCUUGAUUCGCACUUCUUACCGACGACUUUGUGACGGAGAAGUGUUUUUUUACGUGCAGCUGCUUUAUAGAUACCAUUGGAGAUCAGAUGACGAAAUCAUUGCGAACUCCGCCACCUACCGUGAAAGGCUUUUCGAGCUCGACGCAGCACUUUAUGAUGCUGCUUUACGAGGACAUGCUGAUAGAGUCGAACAUGGCAAUCUGGCCCUCGGAAGGGAGUAUUGCGAGAUGGUUCAAAGAAUUGCGGAGGCGGCUCCACCAAAUGUCAAUGAUAUGGUGUCACAGCAGCUCCGGCAACUGAAUACCAUGUCUGUUCCAGGACUCGCCGAUGCUGCGAGUCUUACCCUGAAAGGGCCUGGUGGGACGGGGAAAUCUUUCCUCCUGCGUGCCCUGCAGUAUUGGUGCGAUAAAUCCCGGAACCCUGCCUUACUGCUUGCGCCCACUGGAAUUGCGGCAAGAAAUAUUGAUGGGAAUACAAUCCACUCGGCUCUGUUCGAAGAUCAAAAAAGGAAAGACAUAGAAAAGAAAACGGUGCUUAUUAUCGACGAAGUAUCGAUGGUAGAUGGCGUACUGCUUGACUACCUCGCCUCCCUUUUCGCCAAACUGAGGAGAAAUAACAGGCCGUUCGGCAACAUGCAUGUCAUCGUUUUUGGGGACUUGAUGCAAUUACCCCCCGUGGAGGGUUUGAAGGUCUUUAAGGCCUCUGUUUGGAAGCUCUUCCAUCCCAUCUUCCUACGACAACCGUACCGGCAGACAAACGACAAAUUCUUCAGAAUCUUGAACAAGAUUCGGGUUGGAAUCAUCGAUGACGAGGUAAGAUGCACUCUGGAAGAACGAUGGCGCCAAUAUAACCCACAAUAUGUCAUGUGGAAUACCACGUACCUGUCUUCCCUUCGUGAUGAAGCUGCCGCAUUAAACCAUGCGGUUCUCUCCGGCAUGCCAUCAGAGAACCCUAUCUUCGUUUCAAAGGCGGAGGAUUUUGAAAACGGAGUAAGAUUACAAAAUUUCGAGCACUCGAAAGUAUUCAACAAGGGGACAAACUUCCCAUCGUCAGUGGUGUGUACUGUUGGGGCCAAAGUCAUGUUUCUCACAAACAGCAUGCUCAGCGAGAGAGGAAUCUCUAAUGGCUCUAUUGGUGUUAUUACUAAUUUGUUGCCCGAUGACGAAGUUGAGGCAGCAUUUCCCACUAAAGACGGUAUCCAAGUCAUGAACUUGCACAAAACUCCGUCUUAUUUCCAGACAAAUGGGGUGGAAUACAAACGAGUACAGCUUCCAAUCAUCAAUGCAUUUGCGUUGACAAUCCACAAGGUUCAAGGUCUGUCACUACCAGCUGUUACCGUCGCCUUGAAUUCUAAUAUCUUCUCUGACGGACAAGCAUAUGUGGCAUUGAGUAGAGGAAAGGAUCUCGAGCAGGUGUACUUGACCCACUGUGAUCUUGAAGCUAUCAAGGCAGACCCAGAAGCAAUAGCUGAAUACGAAAGACUGGAAGCUAAGGCAGAAUAA